GUUGUGAUAUGAAAACCGAUUGUACAACAGAGCACCCCCUUAUUGGGGGAAUUAUAUUGCUCUAUAACAUACUUCCGGAACACCUGUAUUAACGAUGUUUUGAUAUAUCCAUACGUGUGUGUAAUUGAAAGACAGCAGGGGGCGCGUGAUUUUUUUUUCUCAAUAAUUCAAGUCCAAAAUGGCGUGUGUGUUGUGCAUGUAUGUUGAAGAGCAGGUUCCGAGUGUCCUGCCGUGUCAACAUGACAGCCAGUGAAUGAGAAAGCUAAAAGGAUUGAGCAUUGAAAAAACAAAUUCUGAUCAGCAAGACAAUGUACAAUGAGCUACAGCGGGAACCUGCCAGAUUGGCAUCAGUAUAACCCACCGCAGCAUGGACGUACAGGAUCGUCCGGCUCACAAAAUGCUAAUUCGAGUCAUAUAUACCACUCAAAUAUUAACCCACCAGCACUUGAUUCUUUAAAUUUAACGACAAACGAACGUCAGAGUAAGCAUCAUCGCAAUGACGUUAAUUAUUCGCGUGGUUACGCGUCGACGGCGAUGCCUGGAGCAAAUUGUGGAACCAACUCAAAUACGAGUGUCCACAUGGGGCUUUCAGGUUGUGUGGGCCACUUCGGUUCAUCACCUUCGAGAAAUCCGAUGAUAGAGGGUAUGUCAGGUUCAAUGGAUCCACGCUUGGCACCCGUGGGUCCAAUGAAUGAGCCUGAAUUAUCACAUCGGAGCAACCAAAUGCCAUUUAACCCACCAAAUCAUUCAAGUGCAUCAAAUAUAAAUAAUAUUCAUUCUAGUAUGGCUCCACAGACCUCACCAGUGGGACCAAUGUCACCAGGAGGACGUCAAGGUCCACCGUUUGGGAAUUGUAAAGGUCCGUGUUGCAAUCCCGAUGCGAGUAUUGGCUAUCCACAUUGGGAAAAAUACAGCCAUUAUCCAACGAAUGCUCCUUACCGAGAUAAUAUGCGAACCGCUGGUUAUCAUGUGGAAAAUCGUCGCUAUGUACCGGACAUGAAUCUCAGAAAGGAUUGUAUUGAGAAUAAAGAAUUACCUUCAGCACCAUUUCCUGUGGACAAUCGUCGAAAUUAUUCCGAAUACAAGUAUCGUAAAGAAUUAUCACGAAAUUAUCCUAGUUCUGGUUUAAUUCAAAAUUACAAUCCAAUUCAAGGUUAUAACUUUCCAUCGGAAUGUCAAAAAUGUCCUCAUUCUGUUAAAGAUUAUUUACGGCGUAGCGGCUCUAAUGCUCAGGCUAUAAAUUCACAAAAUCAAGGAAUUAUUAAAUAUCCAGAGCAGCAGCAGAGUGUUAUUGUACAGCAAAAAUACAAUAACAAACAGAUGUCAUAUCCGAAUGGUGCUAUGGGAACAAAUAAUAUGCCAACAUCAAGCGCCAGUAAUAUUCCAUCAUCACUACAAAAUUCUUACUUCAAUCCUCAGCUACCUCGGGAUAUGGUUAGAGAUUUUCCACGAGAAUUUCCAGAUCCCGGUGCCAUUGGUACUCGAUUACCAACGUCACCUUCAGCGUUACAUGGGCCUUAUCAAAAGUACCAUGGUUAUCAACAAAAAUUAUCAAUGCAAAGAUUUUCAAUAGAAAGUCAUUUGCGUGCAAUGACAAGAGUUCCGGGUUACCAAUCGCAUCCUAAAUAUCAAGAAUAUUUGAUGAGAUAUCGUGAAUUAUUGAGGUUACAACAGAAUGCUGAUUACCAAGGAAUGCUACAGGAAACUUCAAAAUUAUCAAGUCCAUCCAAUGGUCCACCUCCAAUACCACCGAUUAAUUUACAAUUCGAUCAGAACGGUGUUCUUAUCAAUACUAAUUAUAAUCCUGGACAUUUUCCGAGUAUACUUAAUACGGUGAAUCCAAUAGGCACAACAGAAAACACUGAUAAUACGGAUAAUAACCAAUCAAAUAUUAUUAGAAAUCCGAUGGAACAACAGCAAAAUAAUUAUAACAAAAUAACAGAGCAAUCAUUAAAUUUAACAAGAAAUCGUGAUAAUAUUCAUAAUCAAGAAAAUUAUUUAAUGCAAAAAAAUGAUGCUAUGGAUUUUGAUAAUUUAAUAGUAAAUGUUGAUGACCUUGAUAUUUCACCGCCUAUAAGAACAUCAGCUGCAGAUACUUUGGGUACAACAACGUCAAUGCCUUCAAUUGAUAACACAAAUUCAAAAGAAUUUACAGAUAAACCGGCACUUGAUGUACGACAAUUUUUAGCUAAUUGGGAUGAGACUGAGGAUGAAGAAGCAACAGCUGCUAAUCUUUCACAAGCUGGUAUAAAUAAUAUUACGUCAGUUGCUGGAGGAAGAAGAGCCUCUGUUUCACCACCAAAACAAAUUACAUCUGAAGAUAAUCGUGAAUCACAACAAAAUAAAAUAGUUAAUAAUUCUGAUAAAAUUUCAGAACAGACAACAACAAUACUAGAUGCUAAUUUAAUUGUAAAAAAUAAUGUUGAAAAUAUAAAUGUUACCGGGUUAAAAACAAUUGAAGAAUUAACUAAUUCGGGUACUAUUGUUCAGUGUAUACAAAGUGAUUCUGAUGAUAUACCAACAAUUCAUAUUGUCGAUCAUCUACCAAAUGAAUCUGAAUUAACGACUAUUCAAACGGUUUAUAGUGAUGUAUCAUCAUUGACGAUGGAACAAAUUGCUAAGGCACCAAUUGAGAUUAUUAAUGAAACACCUGAGGGUACUGAGACAAUAACACUCUAUGAACCCGACUCGGGUGUUUGUACUAAAAUACCAGGAUGUAAUGACAACGCGGAAGUGGCUGAAGGUGUAAUUGUCGUUGAUCAAGUCGUUGCUUCUAUAAUUGAUGCAUCUGUAGAAACUGUCGAGACAUUAACUGAAACCGCUAAUGAUAAUAAUAAUAAGAAUGAAACGACGCAACUUGAUUAUGAAAAGUCAUCAUCACAAGCUGAUAGUCCAGAUAAAAAUAGUAGUGAUAAUGAUAGUAGCAAUAAUAAUAAUAAUAACAGCAGCAGCAUCCGUAGUAGCAACAACAAUAAUAAUAAUAACAACAAUAAUAUCAAUAAUGAUAAUAAUGAUGAUAACAGUCAUAAAAAAGUGAUAAAUGAGUCAAGUAAAACUAAUCCGUCUCAUAAUGACAUUAAUAGUUCUACUACUCUUAAAAAACAACAUUCAUUCGCAAGUGACGAAUCACACAAUCCAGAUGAUAUUAGUUUACCAGAUUUACCGAUGUCUGAAUGUACGCCAAUCUCAACAACAUUGAAUACGCCUAUUCAUUCAGACAGUGAAGAAUCACCGGAACAUGUUACUGAUUUGUCAAUAAACACAAAUCCAAUAGAAGUUAUACAAAAUAGUCCAAUUAUAAGUUUUACACAUUCACCAAUUAAAAUUGAUCCGUAUGGUAAUUUAGAGAACGGUAGAUUAAAUGAAAAACGGCCUGAAGAUUCGUUGGAUUUUGAUUUUCAUGAAGAAAAUAAUUUAAAAAAUAAAUUUGAUACCAGCAAUGAUGUCAGCAGUUGUAAUAACAGUGAUAAUAAUAAUACAAACAAUACAAAAAAAGCUGUUGAAGAUUUCGAAAUUGCCAAGAGAUCAAUCAUUACAUCUACAAAUCCUGCUGCUGUUGUUAAUGUUAAUAGUGAUGAUAGACAUUCAAAAAAUACCUGUGAAAAUCAUCAUGAACAAGUCAAUGACGAUCAUCACGAAAAGGAAAAUUCAUCAGAAAAAGAUAAAGAAUUUUAUCCGUUAUCAGAUCCUCUAGUUGGAAUGACGCAGUCUUCAGAUUCGAUAUCAAAAGGUAAUUUAGAAACAUCAAAUCCAAUUGGAGAUGUUUCAAAUGACAUGAUACAGCCUGUCGACUGUUCUAGUGAGUCUUUGGGAGCUAAUACUAUUCUUGGUAAUUCAGUCAGUCGUAUAUUGUCAUCUGAUGAAAUAGAUACAGGUAAAUGCCCAUCAAUUAUAAAUACUGAAGAUUUUCAACAGUCGGAUGAACUUGAUAAAUUAUGUAAUAUGUCAUUAGAUGACUCUUGUAUGAUGCCACUGAUAAGCGACGAUAGUUCAAGGUUAACUAGAGUGCCUUUGUCUUCUAUUGAGGAUCGUUCAUUAACUAAAGUAAUGACAAAUAUAUUGCCCAUUGGUGAUAUGAACGUACUUGAAUCGUCUGAAGAUGACAAUGAUGUUGAGCAGUUAGAUAAGGAAGAUGAUGACUGGAUAGAAGUUAAAUCUUUAGACGGUCAAGAUAAUUUAGCUGUGAAUUUAUGUACUAACGAGACUGUAAACAGUAGUAAAAAUUGUUUUGAGAACACGCUAAGUGAUUUGCAAGCACAUCCCAAUGAGUCAGAAAACAAAACUCAUACUAAUCCUGACAAAGUUAUACAAAUUAAAAAACAUAACACACCGAGUUUUACAACCGUUACCGGUACUAACAUCUCAGAUGAGUGUAAUUCCAAGUGUGAUAAUCAUUCGUCUAAAUUAAACAACAAAAAAUCGCGAGGUGAUGAGAAGAAACAUUAUAUACCAUCAAUAUUUGACACUUCCGGUGAGUCUCAAAGUACAGAUUUUACAGAUAAAUUUGACCAUCGUAAACCAGAAAAAAAUAAUAGAGAUCGUUUAAAGUCAUUGAGAGAAUACCGUCGAGAUAAAUCUGUUGAAAAAUUAUCAUCAGGGAAAAAUGACGUUGAUGAUUAUGAUUGCAGUCAAGAUAAUUCAUUAUCUAAUGAUUUAGCGGUAAAAACUAAAACAAUUCAAGUUCGUGGUAUUAUUAUCCCAGAUAAUGACAAUAAUGACGACGGUGAGAAUACCGAAAGGAAUAAAAAAUUUAUCGGUAAUAAUAAAAAGCAACAAAUGGAUGAAACGUCAGGUAUACAGAGUGAUAAAUCAUUUGAGACAAUAUCUAAUCCAUUUAGAUCCUUGGAAACGCAUACAAUUACCAAGUGCUUUCGUGGUGGGCGUAAAGAUACUGACGUACAAAUACACGUUGCUAAUAUUAAUGUUAGAGAAAAAAGUGAUGAUGAAGAAAGUGAAGCCAUUGACGCGAUUGAAAUAAAGAUAAAUGUGUCGCGUAGUGAUAAAAAUCGUGGUAAUAAACAAUUAAAUGAUAAAUUACUAGACAAUGUUAAUGAAAUUUGUCGUAACAGUAGUAAACGCGGCUUCUUUUCAUUUCCAGAGGGUGAGACAACAAAUUAUUCACCAAAAUCAAUUUUUAAUCAUCGUCGUCGUAGGUCAGUACCAGAUGAAAUUGAUACUAGGAAGCCAAAGUUUUUUAAUGAAAAAUUAUAUCGUCGACAUAGUGGGGGUCACAGUUUUAAAUCAUACCGACGAAAGUCUACCGAUGAUAAACAUUUUAUUGAUGGUAAUAAGAAAACUCAUCAUUAUGAUACUAUUAAUUCAAUUAAUAGUAAUAAUAACAGUAGACAUUCUGAAUCAACUGUAAUUCAGGAUCGUCAAGAUUUUACUACCGAUAAUGAUGAUAAUUGCUGUAUUAAUUCAACCGAAAUGUCUCAUCAUUCACAAGAUGAUUUACAAGAAACACUCCAAAAUCAUACCGAUAGCACUCAUAAUGAUAUUCAGAAUGAUUUGGAAAGUAUACCAGAAGAUUCCAGAGAAGACGAAAAUAGUAAACUAGUCGAAGAAUUAAAUAGUUCCAAAAUUAAAGAUGAGCCAAAUAGAUUAUCGGUAGAUACAACAUUAAAUACUUGCCGUGUUGAUGAUUUGGAUAAUAUUGUUUCUAGGUCAUCGUGUGACAUAACACCCGGUCCAUCAGACACAACUUUAAUGAAUAACAUUUGGAAUAAAUCAAGUUUUUUAGAUGACAAUGUAUCAUCGUUUGACUUUGAUAAUUUUGACGUUGCUCCGAAUUUAAAUAACAAUAACAGCAAUAAUAUGAUCAACAAUGUCAAUGAUAACAAUAGUCAAACGGGGUUUACUCUGACAGACAAUGAAGACGGUAUAUCAUCGAGACUGGAUGCAGAGGUGCGCAGUAGGAGGUUGGAAGAUAGUGAAAGAUAUCGUAAUCCGUAUUCAAAUGUUAGACAAUCAAGCCCAGAUAGCUUGGGGAUUAAUCUUAAUACAGUUCCAGUUUAUACAACUAAAGACGGCAAGAUAACGUACAGUCCAAAUCCACGAUUUACUUAUCGUGCUCUACUUAUGGAAGCGAGACAGCGUGAGGGUUAUCCAAUGAUUAAAGACUUGUAUCAACCAAGAGUGCAAUCCAAAGAUUACCAAGAAAAAAGGUGGAAUAAACGUAAAUAUGAAUUAACAGAUAGAGAUAAAUAUUAUGAUGCGACUAAACGAACCAAGUCAGCGACCUGUAAAUUUGGAAGUGGAAGGUGGGGAGAUAAUAAUCAUGAUCGACAGAUGAAAGUAAAUAAUCGAUUUAAUAAUAAGUAUGGCGGUAGAUCGAGAGAUAGAGUUGAUGAUUAUGUUGAUUUUAUUGGUGAUCAAAGUACUAUUUACACAGAAAUUUCAACGCCACUUAAUUAUUCAACAAGUGACUCUACAUUAAAUUAUGAUUACUAUCAGCAUUCACAGUCUAUGAUCUACAGCGGCCGUAGAAAUGAAGAUUAUUAUCAAGAAGAAACAUCGAAUUUUACAAGAAAACAUGAUGUUAAUUUAGAUUGGGAUCGUGCAAUUGAGUUACCAAGUGGUUCAAUGAUGAAUUACAAUAAUUAUGAUAAUAAUGUAGUUAAUAAUGAAACUUUUCAAGAUAAUAAUAACAGAAGUGUGGACUUAAAAUUAUCAAACGGGGAAGAAUUAGAAAAAUUUCCAAAGAAUUUAACACAUGAUUGCCUUCAUGAAGAUGGUACGGAUAUUUUGAUGCCUGCUGAUAUUUCCAAAACAGAUAUUAUGCCAUCAAAAGAUAUUUGCAGUGUUAGUGAAAGACGUGAAAAAACAACGAGAGAAAAAAAUAAAAUGACUCCGGAUUCUUUGGAUCUUGAAGCAUCUAACGACGAUGAUGAUGACUUUAAAGAUAUCGGGGGUAAUUCUAUAAUGAUAAUGAAACCACCAGCUAGCGUUGAUACCGAGCAGGAUUCUCAAGCAAUGCUUACUGAUAGUGGACUUGAAUCUUCUACUACUUAUACAGAAGGUAGUAAAAGUAGUAAAGAGCCAAAGAGAUGCCAAAGAUGGCCAAAAAGAUUGUUAGAUCGUGUGGAAAAAGUUGAUAAUAUUAAAGAGUCUAAGAAUGAUAAUAAUAUUUUUGAAUCAAUAGUUGAUUUGAAUGUUACCGAUAAUAUUAUUUUACCCGUUACUAAUUCUGAUAAUAAUGUUGAAAAAAUUGAUGAUUUAAGUCAAGAUAAAGCCAAAAUGUUUGUUGAAUAUGAAGAUGAAGAAAUAGAAGAAGAAAAAGAAAGUGAAAGUGUCAAUGAAGAUAUGAAAAAUGGAGAGAAAGAAAAAAAAGAAGAAAUUAUAGUUAACGAAACUAUGACUAAAACAAUACCAAAUAUUAAAAACAUAGAAAAACUAACAAAUUUAUUUUUAUUUGAAAAUAAUGAAAAUAAAUACGACAGUAUAAUGCUAAAAAGCCUUGAUUUAGCAUUUCCCAGUCGUAAAAAAGUAACUCGUAAACCAAAUGGUCAAGUUAAUAAAAUUAGUACUGAGACUGUUGUUAAUAUUAAUGAUAAUGAAGAACCAAAUAAUAAAAAUGGUAGUAAAUUAAAUGAUUUACCAUCAUCUUUGUCUGUGUUUACAAAACAAAUUUUUAAUUUUAUGGGAUUUAAAAAAUUAAACGAGGGACCAAUAAUUAGACGCAUAUCGAGUGAUGAAGUUGAAUCACGUAAACGAGAAAAUAAUAUGAGUAUUUAUUACGAAGAUAUAAGUAGUUAUACGGGUGCAGGAACAUCUUUAUCAACAGCAACUGAUGCCAUUGGUGAUAGGAAUAUUAUUCUUAACAAAAAAUUCAAACAUCAACUAAUAAAUAAAUUGAUAAACGUACAAACAACUAUCAGAGAAGCCGAAUCCUGUGAUGAUGAAUCGCAUAAUAAUACAGCUAUUUGUUUAUCAUUAAAAGAAAUCUCUGUUAGUAAUAAUCAUAAUAAUCUCGAUGAUGAAGAUGAAGUGUUUGAAAAACCAGCAGUACCACCUGUUGUUUUCGGACCUGAGAAUAAUCCAGAUUUUAUUAAAAUAAAUAAGCCUGAGCCAAGUGAAAUUUCAUUAGAAUCUGAAGUUUCUAAUUAUAUUGACACGCGUAGUUCAACGCAGUUCGGAAGCGACUGUGCUGAAUCUAAACAAAACAGUGGUGAUUGUAGUAACAACGCUGGAAUUAAUUUUCUGUCUACAUCUAGUCAAGAAGCCAUUGAUGCCAUCGAUCUUAACGAAAUGAGGAAAAACUUGGUUUUAACUAUACCGAAAAAUGAUAAUUGUGAAACUGGAGAGCAGCUGCAGUUUAACAAAUUGAAUGAUUUAUCAAAUUCUCACAACGACAAUGAUGAUGACGUCGAAAUUGAUGUUGAUGGAGUUAAUGUUAGUGAAGUUGGUGUUGAUGUUGAUGUUGAUGUUGAUGUAGAUGAUAAAACAGAAAGUGACAAUAAAACUAAUAAAUGUGAUAUUAACGAUAAAUUAUUGGCAUUUUCUGGUAAAAUAUCUAGUGAAAGUGAAGAUGAUUCAAAUGCUCAAGAUGCGUCACCGCUGCAAAAUGAUAAAUUUGAAAAUUUGAACAUCAUAAGUAAUGGGAAUGAAAAGGAUAAAGAAAAAAUAUUGAGUUUUACUGGACGGAUACAGAGUCCAGAAAAUCGUGUUGAUGUACAUCAAAAUUCACCGGUAUUUAGAUCAGAUAAUAAAUUAGAAGAUAAUAAUUUGAAAGUUUUAAAUUUUUCUGGACGUAUUCCUAGUCCCAAAUAUCAUUUUGAUACAUUUUCAAUAAAAAAUUCUACUGGACCAAUGGAAAGUUUGAAUACAUCUUCACACGUCAAUGAAAGUACUGAUAAAAAUUUAACAUUUUUGGGAAAAAUAACUAGUGAUAUACAUGGUAAGGUGGUAGAUAGUAAUAAUAAACCAUCAAAAACAGUAAUUGUGUCAGAUAAAAUACCAAAAUUUAUCAUUAAGAAGACUGAUUGUUCGUCAAAAUCAUCAUCGACGAUAUCACAAGUAGUACCACCGUCUGAUGUAUCAUCACUAAAAAGUAUCGACACUAAAGCGUCAUCGAGUCAUAAAAUUUCUUUACAUCCUAAAAUACCAAAGAUGAUAAUACGAAAUUUAAAGUCACGUCCUGGUACUCCGACAGUAGAAGAAAACGCUGUUGAGUUGUCAUUUCCAAAAGCUCAUGAAGAUCAGAAAAUAUUCGAAGUUAAAAUAAAAUUGGAUGAUAAAAAACAGCAUGAAUCGCGUAAUAAGGAAUCAGUUAAAAAAUCUAUUGGCAUUAUUGAGUGCAAAGUACCUAAAAUGAAAAUAAAACUCGAUGACUGUCAACCAAAAAUGAUUUUUGAGAAUGCGAGUAUGGAAUUAUAUGACAAUGAUUCAGAAUCUCCUAAGAAUGUACCGAAGGUUAAAAUUCGUAAGAUUAAAACAUCAACUUCACAGAACGAAACAUCAUCAUCUAUUAAAGUUACAACUAAGAAGAAUGACCAUUCAGAAAAGUCGGACAGAUCUGAAAAAUUAGAACGAACUAGUAGUAGUAGUAGUAGAAAUGAUAAAUCUAGUGACAAACAUAAAACUGGUGAAUCAAAUCGUGAUAAAGAUAUUGAUGAUAAACAUGAAAAAAUUCCAAAAUUAAAAAUCAAAAAGCCAGAAUUACGUCAUUCUCAGUCGUCUCAUGAUUUAAAAAAGAAGCGAUCCAAAAGCCCGACAGAUAUUUCUAGCUCAUCCCAGAAAAAUUAUCAGAAAAAAUCAUCAAGUCGACAUCGAAGCGAGACGAAACAGUCAAGUGAACGUUCACCAUCCGCAGACAAAGAGGGGAAUACAAAUUCUCAUGCAAGUAUGUCAGAGAAAAUACCGAAAGUGAUAAUAAAACGUGCGUCAUCCAGUGCGGAAUUUAAAUGUGAGUUGAGUAAAGAUGGUGGUGAUGCCAUUAAAUUAGAUUCUAAAUGGCAACCAGAAGUUAAACUUGAGCGCUUCAAAGUGUUGGACACAAUGGCUAAAGAAUCAACUCGUGUUAAAAUUCCAAUUAAUAUGCUUCAAGUAUUAACAAUGCGUGACAUAUCACAUGUAUCGACGUGUUCAAAAAGAGAUCGUUGGACGCGUACAUCGUCUGAUCCAAGUGAUAGGACUCAUUCUCGUUCAGAUCGAUCGAUAAGCAAAGGUAGACGCAGACAUUCUGAUUCUGGGCGAUCGGGAAAAGGAUCUUCAAGUUCUAGUUACCAUAGCAGUGAGAAGAAAUUCAAUGACAGAAGAAAUUCAACAAGAAGUUUGAAUGAUGACUCGGAUACCGAAGUAUUUCCGAGAAUAAUCAGACGUGAUGCUCCAAAACGUUUGAAUGAUGAGUCGAGUCAAGAUGAAAGUAUCGAUACUGUAUCCACUGCGUUCACUGAUUCAUUUAAAAACCAGCAACUACAUCAGCAAACUCAACAUGAGAAAGCUCCUGUAGUUGAACUAAUACCAACACCAACGAUAGCUAUAACAAAUUCAACAACAAGUGAAGAAACUAAAAGUGAAUUUGAAUUUAGUGCAGCAAUUAGUAAUCAAAAGGUGAAUAGUUCCUGUACUGAACCAACUGUCACGACACUUGUCAGUGAAGCUGAUGUAACAGUGGAUGUUGUGAAUAAUAGUAAUAAUGAAACUAAUAAUAGUAGUAAUAAUAAUAAUCAUAAUAAUAAUAUUGAUAUUGUUGAAAAUUAUGAAGUACCUGAAUCAGUGAUAAAACUUGAAUCGUCUGAUGAAAGUCAAACUACUAUUGAAAUUCUUCCUGCAUCACCAGAAUUGUCACAACCAGAAUCAGAAGCACCGAUUCCAUUAAAAGGUAAACGAAGAAUAGCUAAUGGUGAUAUGGCACAAUUAUAUUCAGAGGAUGCAAUACCAACGCAAUUUGAACUUGAAUUGGAGAUUGUUGAUAAUAGUUCUGAAUCAUUAGAAGUUCCUGUACCAGAUAUAACAAAUUCAUUUUUAACAGAUAAUUAUUGUUCAUCGAAUUAUGCUGAAUCUGAUAGUGCUGCUGUUGUUAAUGAUAAUUAUUUAAACACAUUAAAUAAUCAAAGUAAUAAUAUUGCUGACAAUGCAGAUGAUGGUGGAUGUUGUUCAAAGAUAGUGGCAAUUGAUUAUCAACGUAAAUGUGAUGCAUCAAGUGAAACAAAUAUUUGCUAUUCAGAUUCAUUGGUUAAAGAAGUUUUAGCGGCUAAAGAAACUCUUAAACGGUGUCUCGCCAAAACUAAAAGUGAAAAUAAAAAUAGUGGUAGUAGUAAUAAUAAUAAUAAUAAUAAUAAUAAUAAUAAUAAUAAUAAUAAUAAUAAUAAUAAUAAUAAUAAUAAUCAUAAUAGUAGUAUUGAUAAUAAUAAUAGUGGUAAUAUUAAGUCUAAUUUAUUAUUAUUAAGACCAAAGACUGCUGCAGAAAAGAAACAAGGAACUGGAUUGGAUGUAUUAAAAAAAUCGAGCAAGAAAGAUGAAGUUAAAGUUGAUAAAAAUCGUGUCUUCCAAGAGAGUACAGUUUCGUGUGAUGUUUCACGUAAGGAAUCAACAAAGUCACAUCACGGAGAAGUCAGAAAACGAGAAGGAACUGAUAGAAAGCAUGAAAGAAGUGACAAGAAACGUGAAGAAAGAUCUGAUAGAAAGCACUAUAAGUCCAAGAGAACUAGUAGCUCUGAUAGACGAGAAAAGCGCUCGAAAAUAGAGUCCGAGUGUAGUAGCAGUAGUAGUAAAAAACACGAUGAAAAAUCUGUCAGCGUGACAGUAGCACGUGACAGCGCUCUUUUGGUUACUGACACGAUUAAAAGUCUCAAACGCUCUCGAGAAUCGAUCGAUUUAAAUGAAGCCAGUAAUUCUACCUCGAAAAAAUUAAAGUCAUCAUCUUCACAUUCUGCUGAAAGUUAUAACUCCAGAUCGAAAGCUUCAAGUUCUUUAUCAUUAUCAUCAUCAUCAUCACCAUCACCAUCACCAUCGCCAUCACCAUCAUCCACAUCAUCAUCAUUAUUAUUAUUAUCAAGGAAACAUCACUAUGAAUCUGGAAGCUCUAAAGACUCUGAACACCAACGACAGCCAUGUCCGUCACCAAGUACUGAUAGUUCAAGUAAGAUGUGUAGUUAUAAAAUACCUAAAAUACCGAAACAACAUCAUCAACAUCAGCAGCAAGAGCUUAAAACAACGAAAACGACAACUGUGGUUACGGCUAAUAGAACAGAAACAAUGCCUAUUUUAGAACCGGCUGAUCAACUUAAUUUUGAUCUUAAUGAACGAGAUACUUCGAGGUCUCCGCCGGAAAUUACUAAGCAAGACAGCACGGAAUUGAAUUCAGAUAGUCCUAAAAAAGUUGAUGAGAAAGCAAGUGAAAAGGAUGAUUCUGUUAUACAUCAGGAUUCCGAAGCUGUUACAUUUGCUGAUAUCGUUGCGCAAAUGGCUUAUCAUGAAAAGGCUACAAUUAAGCACAAACGCUACUGUAUAUUAUGUGAGAGAUGGUUUCCAACAACAGAGAGACAUAGAAGGCAUUUAACUGGCUAUCAACAUCGGCACACUGAACUUACGCAACGCAGAACCGUCCAUGCCUUAUUCAUGCUAUUUACUGGUAAACCAUGUCCUCGAUUAUUGCCUGCAAGUAUCGUUAGGACAGAUUGUGUACCUGGUGAACCAACUCCACUCCAAAUAGCAGUUCAAGAUGUAGUGAUAGGCUUGGAAAAAGGCACCAGUAAUAAAAACAAAAACAUUAAUGAAGAAGACAAAUCGUGAGUAAAUAAGUGAUAAGUUGGUAGCCAAAGAUAUUAGUAACAAAAGAAAAAAAAAAAAAAAACAAAAAUAGAAAAAAAAAAGAAAAUAAUAAGCAAAAAAAAAUAUAUAUACAUAGUUAUGCAUAUAUAAUAUAUAUAAAUACACAAGAAAUACAUAGUUAGAUGAAUUAGUAUAUAUUUAAACUUGAAUUUACUGAGAGAUUCUCGAGGUAUUUCAAACAAUUGUACAAAUAAAUGUUACGAGUACGUUAUACUCGUAGUUGUUUCAUCCGUUAAAAAAACAUAAGUCAAAGAAAAAUAUUACAUAAAU